AUGCUACCUCAGUUGCCAAGAUGGUGGCCGCAGGUAGCAAAGAUAGCAGCAGGUGCCUGGCAGGGGCUGCUGAGACAGAGGGGGUUUGCUGAGCGAGAACCGUGGGGUGCCGCCUCACAGUUGACCUUCGUCACCAGUCCGUGUCGUCGCAGCAGAGGUCCUGCUGAGCCAGAAAAAGGCAGUCAAAAGAAUACUAAGCCUCUCAAAGAGUGGACCCUGGUUGUUAGCCCCUUUGGCCAACUGAAAGUGCGGCUCCCUUGCCAUGUCACAGUAUGCCCCCUCGACCCGCAUGAGUUCCCUGAUGCUGACAGGGUAUUUGUGACAGUGAGUGGGCAGACCACCAACCCCUGCCAUGGUGCAGACCUGGAUAACGUUCAUGUGCAGUAUGACGUGGAGCAAAAAAUGAUGACAGUCCUUUCAGACAACAUGGACAAUACUGCCUCUGUGGAUGUGAGGAUCCCAGUAAAAUAUGACUUGGACAUCAAGACAUCAGGGGAUGGCUGUGUGAAAAUUGAAAAAAUUGAAUGUGAAAACUGCAGAAUAGAAACAGAGAAGGGAACUAGCAUCUUACAGUCAAUAAAGAGUAAGAAUAUUGACAUCCAAGCCAAAGGAGGCAAAGUGAUCAGCCUGGGAACUCUACAGGGAAAUGCCGAUAUGCAUGUGUCACAAGAAAGUAGUGUGGAUAUUGAAAAGCUACAAGGGUGCUCCGUAAACAUUUCUACCAAAGAUGGUUUAUUAAAAACCAAAUAUCUUUACGCAGAGUCUUCAUUUUUGUCCUCAUCAACUGGCGAUAUUCUCCUGGGGAAUGUUCAUGGUACUACCACCGUUCAAACUAAAACAGGAAACAUCACAGUAGAUUCUUCAGAAGGAUUCCUAAAAGCAUCCACAUGUCAAGGGAAGAUUGACAUUUAUACAAUUAGUCAGGAAGGGGAAGUGGACCUAAAGUCUCAGAAUGGCUCCAUUACUGUCAAAGUACCUGCCACACUAAAAGCUUACCUGCACUUAUCUGGAAGCCAGAUUGACUUGAGCCCUGAGGUCCAAUUGCAAGGGACCCAGAACGUCUCCAGAGAGGGAAACAUAACAGUUACUGGGCAUCUGAAUCAAGGGGAUGAAAAAGAAAAAUAUAUUAAAGCAGAGACACAAAAUGGCAGAGUUCAUCUCAAAAGCCAAACCUGGUUCCAGUCUGUAAAUCUGAAGGCUCCAUAUUAAAGGUUAUUGGGCUAUGUGAA